AUGCCUCGUAAAAAGAAUAGCGGAACUAGUGCCAAUGCACAUAAAAAAUCUAUUCCAUCUGCUACUAAUCCAUUAUCUGAACCAAAUGAAUCUACAAUUACUACAGGUAUAGUAAAUGUUACAGAACUUCAAGAACUUAUACGCCAAGGAGGUAUAAUAGAUAAAAUUCAUGAGGUUAUGUCAUAUGAUCGAGAAAGUAAUCCAUGGAUCGAUGAUUUUAUUAAUACCUCAAUGGAACUUGAAAAACUUAUAUUCCAGGCUAAUUAUUAUAAAAAUAAAAUAGAAGAUUAUGUAUUUGAGUUCCUCUCCCAAUUCAGAGAAAAUAAAAAGGAAUGGUUAACUCGUGAAGCGGUUGGGACAUUGCGUCAAGUAAUAACUUUGCAGAAAGUAAUGGAUUUACUCGAUAUAGCUGAAAAUAAAGGAUUCGAAAGUCCAG